AUCACUUACAGUUCACAAAUCCUCUGUUCAUACAUUCAGAGGCGUCUGGAGCCAUGCCACUGAGAAAGAGUAAAGAUAAAGAGGUUCAGCCAGCCCAGGCUGACCAUGCAGACGACAGUCCACUCCACUCUGAGGGCGAAAAUGAUCCCAUCACUUUUCUCCCAGUGUCACCUUUAGCAGAACGGUCCUAUGGGAAUCCAGUGUUUAAGGAGAAAGAAGCAGACCAUGGAGGUGACUUUGCUAAGUCAAGUAAUAUGUUUAGAGGUAUGAUGGAUCGUCUGGAUAUAGCAUUCAAAGAAAAGAACCAGACUAUGCAGAGACUUGUUGAGAGUCAAGCAAAGUCUGCCAGACGUCAGGAAGAGAUAAUCAGACAAUGUAUAGAAGAAAUGAGACGGGUCUUUGAAAAAGGCACUAGGGUGAUGCAAGAAACUGGGGAAGAAAGUUGCAGACCACUACAGGCUGUUUCAGAACAAGUGGUUGAGCAAGUGCGACAGCCCAGACCUGAGAUCCCUCCUCCAGUCGUUGAGAUACCCAGACAGAUUCAGGAAGCCCCAAUCCCAGCACUCGGGGGGCAAGGAAAUCAGCCUUAUCCUAAUAUUCAACAGCAGCAUUUUGUCAUUGGUGAAGGGCAAAGACAACACCAAUUGAUGGAGGCUGCUACUCCUGUUGCAGACCAUGGCCAUCAACCUCAGCAUAAGUAUAUUCUGCUAGCUAGGAAGGGAAAUGUGGGUCCUUGUCAUCAACCUUGUCCAAGGGACUUUUUCCAGCCACAAGUUCCUCCAGUCCAGCCAGUACGGCGUAGUCUGCAGAAUCAACCAGCUCAAUUCUUCAAUAAAGACCAUGGGCCAUCCUUGAGGCCAUUGGAAAAGAUUGAUAAGAACACAUUGAGAUUUCCAGACAAAGCGAAGGAGACCAUGGGAGUGGAUGCAGAUCCUUUUCCAGCUGUGUCUGUCGGCGUGAAUGUUGCAGACCUCAUGAGUGUUGCCAAAAAUCAUAAUCUGCCUCAUACUCAUAGGAAUCUUGCUGCUGAAGACCUGAGGUGGGUUCUUGAGGCACAGAGAUCCAGACAUAGCAGGAGCGUCAGGUCAGACCAGCAGAAGCUCGGGGGGCAAGGAAGGAUCACUGUGACCAGGAACUUCAGUCCAGAAGGUGCCAGACGUUAUUCAACUGGUACUAGAUCUCCAAGGAUGGUCAAGCCGCCACUUAAGUCACCUUCCAAACGGUGGGAGAAAGUCAAUCAUCCUAAGUUUCCAGCCCAGAAUCCCAAAACCUUGAGGCGCAGACUGCAGCGCAAGAGGGCUGAAGAGCGAAAAAGACACCAGAAGCAGGUGGAGGCUGAGGGAAGAGGGGUGAAUCAUUCAAGAGGUGUGCUGCCCGUUGAAUUAACAGUGGGAAAUAGGACACUGAUGUCUGCGUUUUUUGUGGUGGAUACUGUUGCUACUUAUAAUGCACUUUUGGGGCGUGACUGGAUUCAUUCAAGUUGGUGUGUCCCUUCUUCACUUCACCAGAAACUGAUUUUCUGGAAUGGUGGCAAGGCUGAGGUCGUGUCUGCAGAUGAUAAGCCUUUUUCAGCCAGCACUCACCUGGUGGAGGCUAGAUAUUAUGAAGAAGACAUUGGUACCAUUCGGUUUUUUGGGAUGGAUAGACAUGGGAAACCGAUUGGGAUAACAGCAUGCAGCAGACCGUCUUUGUCUAAGCGUGCUGUGGAGGAACAAGCUCGUCUGAGACAUGAAAGAGAAAAGGCCGUGUUGGAGAUAACAAAGAAAUUAGCGGCCUAUUUUGCUGAAAAAGCAGUUCAAGUAGACAGGUCUGCAAUUGUUCAUGAAGGAGAGGAGGCAGACCAAGGUGAUGAAAUAACUUUGGAGGAGCUGGAUCUGGCCCCAGCCAAGUUGGAUGAUUUAAAAGCUGAAGUUCAAGACCAGCUGGAGGAGAUCAAUCUAGGGUCUGAAAGUGAACCAAAGGAUUACUCAGAAAUGCCAGGUCUGGAUCGGAAAUUGGUGGAACAUAAACUGCCAAUUGCAGAAGGAUUCAGACCGUAUAAACAACCGCCCAGACACAUGUCUGCAGACGUCACUUUGAAGGUGAAAAAAGAAAUUGAGCGGCUGGUAAAAGUUGGAUUCAUUCGGACAUGCAGGUAUGCAGACUGGCUGUCAAAUGUAGUGCCUGUGCUGAAAAAGAAUGGAAAAUUAAGAGUCUAUGUUGAUUUCCGAAACUUGAAUUUAGCUACACCAAAGGAUGAGUAUCCUAUGCCAAUUGCAGACUUGUUAAUUGAUGGAGUAGCCCAUCACAAAAUUCUAUCUUUCAUGGAUGGUCAUAGUGGGUACAACCAAAUUUUUAUUGCAGACGCAGACAUUCCUAAGACAGCCUUUCGAUGCCCAGCCAUGAAUGCAAUUUUUCAUGAUAUGAUUGGUAAAUUCAUGGAAAUUUAUAUUGAUGAUGUUGUGGUGAAAUCAAAUGGGGAAGCAGACCACCUGGUUCAUUUGAGGAAGUCUUUUGAGCGGAUGAGGCAACAUGGCUUGAAAAUGAACCCACUUAAGUGUGCCUUUGGAGUGUCUGCAGGUAACUUCCUUGGGUACUUGGUGCAUGAGCGUGGUCUGGAGGUUGACAAGAACAAAGCCAGGGCUGUGAUUGAGGUGAAACCACCACAGAACAAGAAGGAGUUGCAAAGAUUUCUUGGCCAAGUUAAUUUCUUAAGACGUUUCAUUUCUAACUUGGCUUGGAAAACCAGAGGCUUUUCUCCUCUGUUGAAACUCAAGUCUGAGGUGGAUUUUAAGUGGGAAGAACACCACCAGUCUGCCUUUGAUAUGAUAAAGCGGUACUUAUCCAGACCACCAGUACUUGUACCGCCUGUGAAAAAUAAGCCUUUAAUUUUGUAUAUAUCCACCGCAGACGAGUCCAUAAGAUGUCUGCUGGCGCAAGAAAAUGAUAAGAAACAGGAGCAUGCUGUGUAUUACUUGAGUCGAUGUUUGACCCAGACCGAAGUGAAAUACUCUUCGGUCGAAAAGUUGUGUCUUGCUCUCUUUUUUGCUGCAAUAAAAUUAAGACAUUAUUUGAUUUAUUCUAAGAUGUAUGUGGUUGCCAAGACUGAUAUUGUCAAAUAUAUGUUGUCCCGCCCUUUGUUAAGAGGCCGAAUAGGUAAAUGGAUUUUGGCCUUGUCUGAGUUUAAUUUGAAGUAUAUACCACAGAGGGCUGUCAAAGGGCAGGCACUGGCAGACUUUCUUGCAGAUCAUCCAUGUCUGGACGUGGAGGCAGAUGAAGACAAAGGGAUUAACUUGUUUUCAAUAAGUUUAGUUCCCUGGAAACUUAUUUUUGAUGGAUCCAGUACAGAAACCAUGUCUGGAGUUGGAGUCGUGGUAAUUUCCCCGUCUGGGUUGAAAACACAUGUCUUUCUAGCUGGAUUUUAAUUGCACAAAUAAUCAAGUAGAAUAUGAAGCUUUGAUUAUUGGUCUUGAGAUGUUGGUGGAGCUUAAAGUAUCCAUGGUUGAGGUUAUAGGGGACUCACAGCUAGUUUUGAAGUAAUUGUCUGGUGAGUACAAAUGUACUAGCCUUGCUUUAGCCCCUUAUUUUGCCUUGGCUGUGCAAUUGCUGGAAGAAUUUGAUGACGUGUCCAUCAGACAUGUGCCCAGAGACCAGAAUUAUGAAGCUAAUGAAAUGGCCUAGAUUGC